AUGGACUUGAAAAGUUGCAUCCAUGGGUGUGAGAAUGGUGCUGAUCUCAGUGGUUUGGUGUUUUAUAAAGGUGACAUUGGCCCAAAUGCAGACAAUGUGAUCAGCUUCAGUGAAUCUGAUGGAAACAAAACACAGGUGACUGAGUUUGUUCUCACAGGACUUACAAAUCUUCCAGGGCUUCAAGUCCCCCUGUUCCUAAUGUUCUUGGUCAUCUACUUCACUACCAUGUUGGGCAACCUUGGACUAAUUUUUCUCAUUUGGAAGGACCCCCAACUUCACACCCCUAUGUACUUACUCCUUGGCAGUUUGGCUUUUGCAGAUGCUUGUUCCUCAUCCUCUGUGACUCCCAGGAUGCUAAUGAAUUUUUUAUCUAACAAUCAUAUGAUAUCCCUGGUUGAAUGCAUCACCCAGUUUUAUAUUUUUGCUUCCAGUGCCAACACAGAAUGUUUCCUUCUGGUAGUGAUGGCCUAUGACCGCUAUGUAGCCAUAUGCAAACCUUUGCUUUACCCAGUGGUGAUGUCCAAUAUCUUCUGCAUUCAAUUAUUAAGUGUUUCGUAUAUUAUUGGGUUUCUUCAUCCUAUGAUGCAUGUUAGUUUAUUAUUUAGAUUAACUUUCUGCAAGUCCAAUGUAAUACAUUAUUUCUACUGUGAAAUUUUACAACUGUUUAAGAUUUCCUGUACUGACCCUAAAGUUAAUAUGCUCCUGAUUUUUAUAUUUUCAGUCUUUAUACAAUCUAUCACUUUUAUGACAAUUAUCAUCUCUUACUCCUAUGUCCUCCUCACAAUUCUGCAAAAGAAGUCUGAAAAGGGCAGGAGCAAAGCUUUCUCCACGUGCAGCGCCCACCUGCUCUCUGUCUCUUUGUUCUAUGGCACUCUCUUCUUCAUGUAUGUGUGUCCUGGGUCUCGACUAGCUGAAAAUCAAGAUAAAAUAUAUUCUGUAUUUUAUGCAAUAAUAAUUCCCCUGUUAAAUCCUUUUAUUUACAGUCUGAGAAACAAAGAGGUUAUAGAUAUAUCUAGUAAGAAGUUGCUACACUUGAGAUCAAAGAGAUUGCUGCCUAUGCCCUACAAGGACAAAAGCCUUGUGGAUGACACAAGUCCAGAGGUAGCAAUCACCAUGUUAGAAAUGAAGACCUUCAGGCCUCACCCAGACCUACUCACACAGAAUCUGCAUUUUAACAAGCUCUCUCUCUAG